UCCUACCAAUAUUCAUCAACUCAUCAACUUUUGGAGUAAAGAUGAACUUCAAUUUCCUCAUAGAUUUCUUAACAUCUUCGCUAAUUGCAGCAUCCAUUGCGUGGGUAUGCAUACUUAUUUCCCGAGCUCGAAAAUCAUCCAAACUCCCGCCGGGCCCGUACGGGCUCCCGGUUAUCGGCAACAUCCUCCAUCUCGGCCCCAAACCCCACCGCUCCCUCGCCGAACUAUCCCAGAAAUACGGGCCCGUGAUGUCGCUCAAGCUAGGCAGCAUUACAACCGUUGUCAUCACCUCAGCAGAAACCGCAAAACUCGUGCUUCAAAAACACGACUCCUCCUUCUCCAACCGAACCCUUCCGUCCGCUUCCAAAGCCCUCCGCCACCACGAGUUCUCCGUAGCGUGGCUACCCGUGGGAAGCCAGUGGCGGAAGCUGCGGAAGAUAUGCAGAGAGCAGAUGUUUUCAGCUCCGCGGCUUGACGCCAGCGAGGGUUUGAGAAGAGAGAAGCUGCAGAAGCUGCAAGACUUCGUGGCAGAGCGCAGCGACCGCGGCGCCGCCGUGAACGUAGGAGAUGCCGCGUUCACAACGGCGCUGAAUCUGAUGUCGGCGUCGCUGUUCUCGGUGGAGUUCGCGCGGUUCGAUUCGGAGUCGUCGCAGGAGAUGAAGGAGGUGGUGUGGGGAGUCAUGAAAGCCGUCGGAAGCCCUAAUUUGGCUGAUUAUUUUCCGCUGCUGAAACCGGCGGAUCCGCAGGGGAUUUUUAAGGCGGCGGAGUAUAAUUAUGGGAAGCUGUUUGCGAAAUUGGAUGAGAUAAUAGACGAGAAACUGAAAUCGGAGGGCGAGAAACGCGAUUUGGUGGAAGCGCUUCUUGAGAUCAACCGAAGAGAUGAAACUCAGCUUAGCCGAGAUGACAUAAGACAUCUCCUUCUGGAUCUAUUUGUUGCAGGAACCGACACGACUUCAGGAACAGUAGAAUGGGCAAUGACGGAACUAAUACGCAAUCCUCAAAAAAUGGCCAAGCUCAGGAGCGAAAUAAGGAGCUUCAUGUCUAAAAAUGGGAAGCAACAAGUUGAAGAAUCAGACAUCUCAUCGCUGCCAUAUCUGCAAGCAGUGGUGAAAGAAAACUUCAGGCUACACCCCGCAGCCCCUUUCCUAGUACCCCACAAAGCCAAUUGUGAUGUGGAAAUAAACGACUACAUCGUACCAGAAAAUGCCCAGAUUCUCAUCAAUGUGUGGGCGAGUGGCAGAGAUUCCAAUAUCUGGAAGAAUCCAAAUGAAUUCUUGCCGGAGAGAUUCUUAAAUGAAAAUGACAACAUAGAUUUUAAGGGCAGAGAUUUCGAGCUGAUUCCAUUUGGCGCGGGAAGAAGAAUCUGCCCCGGGUUGCCAUUGGCUGAUCGGAUGGUGCAUCAGAUGUUGGUGACAUUUGUGGGAAAUUAUGAGUGGAAACUGGAAAAUAUGAAGCCAGAAGAAAUAGAUAUGAAUGAGAAUUUUGGAAUUACGCUUCAAAAGGCAGUACCUCUCAAAGCAAUUCCCACCAAACUAUGAGUCGACUUAUAUAGUUUCUAUAUCUACGAAUAUGUGACUAUGUAUAAAUAAAUGUGUACCCUAUUUGAACUAGAAACAUAGGUCUAUGUUACUUUGUGUUUGUUUAUUGUUAUUAUUAUUUUGGUUUUAUAA